GCCCUCAGUUCCGCCUCCUUGCGGUCUUGCCACCAAUCACUGUGCCCCGGACCAUUUCACGCCAACCCCAAGAGCAUCCGCUGAGCCACCAGCGGAAGAUGAUGACAUCGGUCGUUUCAGGUAAUCCUCAAAGAUUCCCGGAAGAGGAGCCCGGUUUCUCCUAUCCCACCCGAUCGACUCUAAAAGUCCGCACCACCCUCAGAUCCCCGGUCUGUCAAGAAGGUGACGUUCUCCAUGCCGGGGAUUUUCGUAGUGGUGACACAGGCUACUUCCGGCGGGCGGCGGGAGUCAGUGACGUGGCAGGCGAGUCUGUGCACGGUCCUCCCGGCCAGGACACGGGACUGUCAGCUGGCCUCGGGGCAGCUCCCCGGGACAGAGAGCACGGCCGCAGCCUCCAGCCGGAACCGGAAGUGCCACGUGUCCCCACUGUGCCUGCGCGGCCGGCGGCUCCGCCCAGGGCCUCCCUCCUCUCCGGGUUCGGCUGCCGCCUCCGAGCCCGGCGUUCGCAGCCCCGCCGGCCUGACUCCGGAGCCUCUCCGAGCCCAGGCCGGGUCGUGGCCGCCGGCGGGCUGAAGAGACCGAGACGCCAUGCCUCGACUUUGACGCGCCACCCCCGCGUGUUCCGCUUCUCCAGUUUCAGCUCCCUUCCCUCGGCUUUCCUGUUGGAGCUCUUAGGAUCGGCGCUGCGGUCGACCCCGACGGCUCUGUCCUACCCUGAGAUCCCCGGGCGCCAUGGCCCAGCCCAGGAUCCCGGCUGCCCGCGGCGCCGCAGCCGGCCUCCAGGCCCAGAACGGAGCCGCCUCAGCCUCGGGGUCUCCCUACACCAACGGUCCUGUCCAACAUACACUGAUGUCUUCACAAGUAUCACUGAGCCAAGGAUAUGAUUCCCAACUUCCAGGAUCCUACCCUCAUCCAAUGCCAGCAAAGACUUUGAAUCCAUUCUCUGCACAGUCGAACUAUGGUGGUUCUCAGGGAUCUGGACAGGCUCUUAAUAGUCCACUUGUGACUUCCAGUCCAGUACCACCCUCACUUCAUAGUGGUCCUGUUCCCCGAAUGGCACUACCUACUUCUCAGAACCCAGCUGCUACACCAAUGCCUUCUGGUAGCUUUCCUCCUGGAACCAACCCCGCCCCGCCUCUGAAUUGGCAAUAUAACCAUCCAUCCACAGGACCACAGACCAAUCAUUUUCCUCAUGUAGCUCAGCCAACUAUACCUGGGAAUACAGAUUUCACAGCAGAUCAUCCGUAUGUUUCUUCUGGAGACCCUGCACUUCAAACCAGCUUCAAAAAGCCAGGUUCUGCACUUCCCUUACAGAAUCCACCUCUGCCUCCCACUUUUCAGCCAGGAGCCCCUCCUGGGCCUCCUCCAGCUGGAGGCCCGCCUCCCAGCCGGGGCCCUGUGCCCCAGAAAACACCUCCUAGGGCUGCGUUCCCACCCUCACUUAACUCAGCUGUCAAUCAAGAAGGUAUUACAUCAAAUGCCAAUACCGGAUCUGCGGCUCACAGCACUUACGAUGAAAUUGAAGGAGGUGGCUUCUUGGCAACACCACAGCUUGUUAAUCAGAACCCCAAAACAAGCCGAAGUGUGGGAUAUGCAUACCCCUCCCUACCACCAGGCUACCAGAACACCGCACCACCAGUGGCUGGAAUGCCACCCUCCUCCCUGAAUUACCCAAGUGGUCCCCAGGCCUUUACUCAGGCUCCCUUAGGUGCUAAUCAUUUAACUGCGAGCAUGAGUGGAUUAAGUCUACAUCCAGAGGGUCUAAGAGUUGUCAAUCUUCUUCAAGAAAGGAAUAUGCUUCCUUCGACACCAUUGCAGCCUCCAGUCCCAAACUUGCUUGAAGACGUCCAGAAACUCAACUGUAACCCAGAGUUAUUUCGCUGCACACUGACUAGUGUCCCUCAGACUCAGGCCUUACUGAAUAAAGCCAAGCUUCCUUUGGGGCUGCUGCUCCACCCUUUCAAGGACCUAGUGCAGUUGCCCGUAGUCACCUCCAGUACAAUUGUGAGAUGCCGGUCAUGCAGGACCUACAUCAACCCCUUUGUCAACUUUCUGGAUCAAAGAAGGUGGAAAUGUAACUUAUGUUAUCGAGUCAAUGAUGUUCCUGAAGAAUUCAUGUACAAUCCUUUAACCAGAGUUUAUGGUGAACCUCACAAAAGACCUGAAGUCCAGAAUGCUACUAUUGAGUUUAUGGCUCCUUCAGAGUACAUGUUACGACCACCACAACCUCCAGUGUACCUCUUUGUAUUUGACGUAUCUCACAACGCAAUAGAAACUGGAUACUUGAAUUCAGUUUGCCAGAGUUUGUUAGACAAUCUGGAUCUGCUUCCUGGCAACACUAGGACGAAGAUCGGUUUCAUAACGUUUGAUAGCACUAUCCAUUUCUACAGCCUUCAGGAAGGUCUCUCCCAGCCUCAGAUGCUAAUAGUUUCAGAUAUUGACGAUGUUUUUAUACCGAUGCCAGAGAACUUACUAGUAAACUUAAAUGAAAGUAAAGAGCUUGUCCAAGAUUUACUGAAAACGUUACCGCAAAUGUUUACUAAGACGCUGGAGACCCAGAGCGCCUUGGGUCCUGCACUUCAGGCUGCAUUUAAGCUGAUAUCACCAACUGGUGGUCGAAUGUCUGUCUUCCAAACACAACUCCCAACGCUUGGUGUCGGAGCCCUGAAACCACGAGAGGAACCCAACCAAAGGUCAUCUGCUAAGGAAAUACACCUGACACCAUCCACUGACUUCUAUAAGAAGUUAGCCUUGGACUGCUCUGGGCAGCAGGCAGCCGUAGACCUAUUCCUUCUCAGUGGACAGUAUUCCGAUUUGGCUUCUCUAGGCUGUAUCUCUCGGUACUCAGCAGGCAGUGUGUAUUACUAUCCCUCGUACCACCAUCAGCACAAUCCAGUGCAAGUUCAGAAAUUCCAGAAGGAACUCCACAGGUACCUUACUCGCAAGAUUGGAUUUGAGGCAGUCAUGAGGAUCCGGUGCACCAAAGGUCUUUCCAUCCAUACUUUCCAUGGAAACUUCUUCGUCCGUUCUACAGACUUACUGUCUCUUCCCAACGUAAACCCGGAUGCUGGGUACGCAGUACAGAUGUCCGUAGAAGAGAGCCUCACCGACACGCAGCUGGUUUCCUUUCAGUCAGCACUCUUAUAUACAUCGAGUAAAGGUGAAAGAAGAAUCCGAGUCCAUACUUUGUGUUUGCCUGUAGUCUCUACCCUGAAUGAAGUCUUUCUUGGAGCUGAUGUGCAAGCAAUUUCAGGGUUAUUGGCCAAUAUGGCUGUUGAUAGGUCAGUGACUGCCAGCCUAAGUGAUGCCCGGGAUGCUCUGGUGAACGCUGUCAUAGACUCUCUCUCAGCUUACCGCUCUUCAGUCCUGAGUAGCCAGCAGCCAGGCCUCAUGGUUCCUUUCUCCUUGAGGCUUUUCCCACUUUUUGUGUUGGCUCUCCUUAAACAGAAAUCUUUCCAGACUGGGACAAAUGUACGUCUAGAUGAACGAAUUUUUGCCAUGUGUCAAGUGAAAAACCAGCCGUUGGUUCACCUCAUGCUCACAACGCACCCCAGUUUGUACAGAGUUGACAACCUCUCAGAUGAGGGAGCUCUCAACAUCAAUGACAGAACCAUACCUCAGCCCCCCAUUCUUCAGCUGUCGGUGGAGAAGUUGAGCAGAGAUGGAGCGUUCCUCAUGGAUGCAGGCUCAGUACUGAUGCUUUGGGUUGGAAGAAAUUGUGCACAGAAUUUUCUCAGCCAAGUUCUGGGAGUUCAAAACUAUGCAUCAAUUCCACAGACAAUGACAGACCUUCCAGAACUUGAUACACCAGAAUCUGCCAGAAUGACAGCUUUUAUCUCCUGGCUUAGAGAACAGAGGCCAUUUUUCCCAAUACUCUAUGUAAUCAGAGAGGAGAGUCUGAUGAAGGCAGCCUUCCUUCAGAACCUGGUAGAAGACAGAACGGAGUCAGCGCUGUCAUAUUAUGAAUUCCUCCUGCACAUACAGCAGCAAGUGAACAAGUGACGAGUCGUGGGCUGCUGAGGAACCACUUUCAGAGUUCCUGGGGAUACAGUACCUUCCUUUCCUCCUUAAAAUUGUGAACAAAUGUGAUGAUGAUUACGAUGUUUCACUGUGAUUUUAACCAACUAUAGCAAAUAAAGGACCACAGCUGAGGGUCAGACGUGCAACUCCAAAAUACUGUAUUUUUCAAAUCAAAAUAGAUGUCUACACGAUUGGAAACCUUUUUUUCCCCUUUGCUGCCAACUAUGUUUGAGUUGUUAUGGAUUGAAAUGAGACAAUAUUGCAGAGGCAAAGUACAUUUUAUAAAAUAAAGACUUCUGUGUUCUGCAUUUCUAUUUCUCAUUUUUUUUUAUUAGUUUUUGGCUGCUACAUUUAAAAAACCUCACAAGACUACGUGUUGCAGGGAGUUUCAAGUCUAUCAAUAAUGAUCUUUUUCAAAUUGGGAAAUCCAAAAGUCAACAGACUGUAGAAAAGCUGGAAUCCAUUCCCUUUACAUGUUUGGUUUUUGCCCCACCCCCCACCUUUUUUUAAGGAAGGCAAAAGAUCAUGUUAACUAAAGUUGGAGUAAGCCAGCUCUGGUCCUGCUUGGGAAGAACAUAAAGUAACUGUCAAGCUUUAAAGUCUGUCAGUAUUUUCUCUACUUGAACAAAGUCACUUUAAUUUGAGGUGAAAACUAAUUAGGUGGU